AUGUCCGCAAACCUGUUAGAAGAGUUGAACAGUCAGUUGUCGUCUGCACGCGCGUUGGAGCAGCAGAUCUUCAUGGCGCGGCGCAAGUUGAACGAGAACUUGUUGGCGACUAAGCGGGCGGAGGCGGCCCUGGAAGAGAUUACAUCAGGCGAACCACCUAAAAGAACUUUCAGCCAAGCGGGUCAGGCUUUCGUAGCUGUGCCCACGGAGACCAUGGCCCAGAAUCUGCGCGACGAAAUCGCUGCUCUGAAAAACAGUCAAACCGUUCUGAAAGAAACGGAUGCCAAGUUCGUCGAACGUUUAAGGAACAAAAAGAACGAACUCAAGCAGCUUGAAGACAAAAUUAAAGCCACACCUGUUAAAGCCAACUAG